GUUAUCUCAUUAUAGACGUGUUUUAUAUAGACGAAAUGAUGUGUGUUUUAAUUGUGAUUGUAGUUCCUUUUAUUCCUGGAAUCGUAGUGGAGAGUAAAAGUCAAAAUUGUGUGGACUCUUUGAAUCGUCCUGGAAAUUGUAUCCCAGUAUCUGGAUGUCCAUAUCUUAUCGAGGAAUUCUACGAACAAGCUCGAAAGUUUCCCGAUAGUAUUGAUUUUCAAAACUUCAUUAGUCAGAGUCUUUGCGGUUUUGAUGGUUUUCGUUUUUCGAUUUGCUGUACAAUAAGAUCCAACAAUAAUGUUCAACAACAACAACAGCUACAACAACAACAGGCUCCACAGCAAGAUCCAUGGUAUGGUCAACAAUCGUCUACUUUAUUUCAAUUUUCUCCUUUAGGCAAUCAAAUUGACUCCCCUUCAUCGCCUGCACCAAUUCAAAAUUCUGUACCAAUUACGCAGCCAUCGAUACCUCAGAUGACGACGCAAAAUAUGGAACCCAUAAUUAUUGCACCGGUUCCUGGACAACCAUCAGUAACUAUUGCCCCACAAAAUGAUCUUAUUGUGAUAAAUCCAAUUCCUGGUGAUCAGUCAUCACCUUUUAAUCCUAAACCUUCGCCAUCGGCGGCGACUAAGUCAAUGAACCCUCCAGCCUCUGGAGAGUGUGGGGUAUCGAAUAAGUUCACCAAUCGAGUAGUUGGAGGAUUAGAGGCUAGAAAAGGAGCCUAUCCAUGGAUGGCGGCACUUGGAUACAUUGAAGCCACACAUCCAACUGUUUUGAAGUUUCUUUGUUCUGGAAGCUUGGUGUCAAAAACGUACGUUAUAACUGCUGCCCACUGUUUAAAUCCGUCGUCGUUGGUUUUAGUCCGACUUGGUGCACAUGAUCUAACCAAAACGGAAGCUAGUGCUGUCGAUGUGCGAAUCAAACGACAAAUAGCCCAUGAACAGUACAACCUCAAAUCGAUCUCAAAUGAUAUUGCAUUGCUCCAAUUAAACGCUCCAGUGUCAUUUACAGAAUUCAUAAGCCCCAUUUGUCUGCCGGAGGACAUUAAAUUCAUGCAACAAGAUUUCGUUGGAAAUAAUCCAUUCGUUGCUGGAUGGGGUACAGUUAAAUUUCAAGGUGCUCCAUCGAAUGUUUUACGUGAGGCACAAGUUCCGAUAAUUGAAACUGAGACCUGUUUGGCUAAUUAUUCGACAAAAUUUAAGCCUGUUGCAGUGACUAAUACACUCAUUUGUGCAGGGAAUUAUAUAACCGAUGCUUGUCAGGGGGAUUCCGGAGGACCACUCAUGAUGCCUCAAGCAAGUGAGAGAAAAUUUCACUAUUAUGUUAUUGGCCUUGUUUCGUAUGGAUACGAAUGUGCUCGAGCUGGUUUUCCGGGAGUUUACACUCGUGUUGCUUCUUACAUGCAAUGGAUUAAAAAUAAUAUGACAUGAAAUUAAAUAAUCAAAACUAAUUUAAUUAUUUACAUCAAUUUUAAUAAAUUUUGUUUUAAAAUUAAUUAAAUUAAUUAUAAUGUAAUAAAUAAGCACAUAAUUAAAACAGAA